UUCUCAAUCUUGCUGUUCUUUACCUCCCCACUGCUCAAUUCACCAUUUUCCUGUCCACACCCACACCCUCUGCAAAGAUUCAUCAUGGCAGUUGAGAUUGCGCUAGCAUGUCUGAAAGGUGCUGCUGGUUUUCUGGGCCAGCAGUUGGCUCCUGUGCUUCUAGGCUUUUGCACGUGCGGGAAGCUCGAUAAGGAAAAGCUCGAGAAGUUGAGAGAAACAUUGAAUACUGUUAAUGGCUUGCUCAAUGACGCCGAGGAGAAGCAAAUAACUGAAGCUGCGAGAGAUCUGUUUACUGUGAUGGUUCUGAAGACUUGGAUUGUGGAUGCUAAAGAAGCUAUCUAUGAAGCUGAAGACUUGUUGAUUGAGAUUGAUAACGAAGCUCGACGAAUAGAGUUGGUAGCUGGCUCUCAAACUGGCAUGUAUCAGAAGACAAAGCUCGUAGCCUCCAUCUGAUGAAGAAACCGCCAUCUCGUGAGCGCGUGCCUUCGACUUCU